UCAGCCCUGUGGCGCACACAGAGCGAAACGGGUAGCGGUUAAGGGUUAAGUAUCGGUUAAGUAUCGGGUCGAACCGGUAUGGAGCCGCUGUGCAACGCCAGCGAACCGCCGCUCCGACCGGAGGCGCGGAUGUCGGGCAACGGGGAUCUGCAGUUUCUCGGCUGGAACGUGCCACCGGAUCAGAUCCAAUACAUUCCGGAGCACUGGCUGACCCAGCUGGAACCGCCCGCCUCCAUGCACUACAUGCUGGGCGUCUUCUACAUCUUUCUCUUCUGCGCCUCGACGAUGGGCAACGGCAUGGUCAUCUGGAUAUUCAGCACCUCCAAGUCGCUGAGGACGCCGUCGAAUAUGUUCGUCCUGAACCUGGCCGUUUUCGAUCUGAUUAUGUGCCUCAAGGCGCCGAUCUUCAUCUACAAUAGCUUCCAUCGGGGAUUCGCCUUGGGGAACACCUGGUGCCAGAUCUUCGCCUCCAUCGGUUCGUAUUCGGGAAUUGGCGCUGGAAUGACGAACGCGGCCAUCGGAUACGAUCGCUACAAUGUGAUCACCAAGCCAAUGAACCGGAACAUGACCUUCACCAAGGCGGUCAUCAUGAACGUGGUCAUCUGGCUGUACUGCACUCCGUGGGUCGUCCUGCCGCUGACCCAGUUCUGGGAUCGCUUUGUGCCAGAGGGCUACCUCACCUCAUGCUCCUUCGACUAUCUCUCCGAUAACUUCGACACCCGCCUGUUUGUGGGCACCAUAUUCUUCUUUAGCUUCGUGUGCCCCACGCUGAUGAUCCUGUACUACUACUCGCAGAUUGUUGGACAUGUAUUUAGCCACGAAAAAGCCCUGAGGGAGCAGGCCAAGAAGAUGAACGUGGAGUCGCUGCGUUCGAAUGUGGACAAGAGCAAGGAGACGGCAGAGAUCCGAAUAGCCAAGGCGGCGAUCACCAUCUGCUUCCUGUUCUUCGUGUCCUGGACUCCCUAUGGCGUCAUGUCGCUGAUCGGUGCGUUUGGGGAUAAGAGUCUCUUGACGCCAGGAGCCACAAUGAUCCCGGCCUGCACCUGCAAACUGGUGGCGUGUAUAGACCCAUUCGUCUAUGCAAUUAGUCACCCCAGAUACCGAAUGGAGCUGCAGAAGCGAUGUCCCUGGCUGGGAGUCCACGAAAAGUCCGGGGAAAUCUCGUCGGCUCAAUCCACGACCACACAGGAACAACAACAGACCACGGCUGCAUAGAAUCAAGGAUAACUCUACUCUCACACAACCGAUUUCGUAAUACAAAAGACUAGGAAAAACUAUAAAAGCGAAGAUGAAAUAAUGAUGACAACUUUAUAUUAUAAUUUGUAGUGCAAUAUUCCUGAGUUUAUGAUAAAUAAAUAGUAAAUUAUUGCAAAGGA